CUAUAUCUUGUUACACCGGAAGUUUAGACGGUUGCUCCGGGUGAACGAAGUAAAGAUUGACAGCGUCACUUAACGCCCAAAUUAUUCCUCACCCCCUGACCGUACCCUGUUAGUUCCCCCCUCUACUCAUCCAUGGCGUUUAGCGCUAGUAUUGAUGUUGAGGGUGCAACACAGCAUCUCCGGGAUAUCCUGAAGCUCGACCGUCCUGGUAACAGUACUGAUGCAGAAUCAGGUGAUGGGCAAAGAAGGUUGUCCUUUAAUGGAGAACUGAACGGGCUAUUGGGAGCAGCAGGUCUUCUCGGAGGUGGCGAUUUAACAUCAGACACGACCAGACCUAUCUCCACAGUGAACAGUAUUGCUCAGGAUAUCCAGAUAAUUCGCCUUUCUGGUGAUGAUCAGUCUACCUGUAUCCCCAUCACCUCGGACAAUGUGGAGAUUGUGGCGAGUCAGGAAUCAAGCAUCAAUAGCAAGUCUCGAGGCAGCAACAUGGUGAAGAUUCAGCCUGUUGCCAAAUAUGACUGGGAGCAUAAGUAUCAUUAUGGCAGACUUAUUGCUGUGUCAAAUUCCUUCAUGGCAUAUGCAAUUAGAGGAGCCAACAACCAGGCUAUGAUACGCGUCUUGAGUGUCGGCACUGCAGAGCGUUGCUUACUUAAAGGCUUCACUGGUGCCGUCACAGAUCUGGCUUUCGCACACCUUGACUCGCCUCUGUUGGGUUGUGUAGAUGAAGCUGGCAACCUAAUGGUUUGGGAGCUCACGUGUACCAGCAGUACAAUACUAGAUCAGAUAGUUGUUCAUGUCCGAAGGCCACAGGACUCGCCACUGAACUCACAUCGGCGUCUCAUCUGGUGCCCUUUUAUUCCAGAUGAAAAUGAAGAUAACCAAGAUGACAAUAGCCAGACUUUGGCUCUUCUACAUGAAGAUAGGGCUGAAGUGUGGGACCUUGAAGUUUUGAGGGCCAGCAAUGCUAGUUGGCCUGUUUAUGCCACAGAUUUGAAAGAAGGCCUAAUUACAGUGAAAGGAUAUACCCAGCGUGUCAGUGAAGGUGCCCUAUCUCCAGAUGGAACAGUGUUAGCCACAGCCAGCCACGAUGGAUACAUCAAGUUCUGGCAGAUAUAUAUAGAAGGGGGGCAGGACAAGCCAAGAUGUCUGCACGAAUUUCGUCCACAUGGUGGACAUCCCCUUUCCUGCCUUCUCUUCUGUGACAACCACAAAAGGCAGGACCCUGACGUUCCAUUCUGGAGGUUUCUUAUAACUGGAGCCGAUCAGAACCAAGAAUUAAAGAUGUGGUGUACUGUUUCCUGGACUUGUUUACAGACCAUCAGAUUCUCUCCAGAUCCAGGGAAUCUGACAGUUCUGCCUAGUCUUAAGGCAAGUUUGGACCUGUCUGCUGGGUAUCUCAUCCUUUCCGACGUACAGAGGAAGGUUCUUUAUGUGAUGGAGCUGAGACAAGAUCUGGAAAAAGGCAAGGCAUCUUUCACUGCUGUGUCAGAGUUUCUACUCACCCAUCCUGUGCUUAGCUUUGGAGUUCAAGAUGUUGCCCAAAGCCGUUUGCGACACACUGAAGUUCUUCCCGCAGAGGAGGAGAGUGAGAGCACAACAACAGAGGGCGCUCAAGGGCCCACAGAGUCCAAAUCUGGCAUCCAGAUUAAACUGUACUGUGUUCACACCAAGAGUCUGCAGGAUGUUCAAAUCUGGUUCCAGCCUAAUGCGGGCUCCAACUCUCCAGGCCUGCUCCAUUCUGAUCCUCUAGAUGGUUUUGGGUUCUCAGCCCAUCUGACAGACCAGAGUUCUGACAAGGACUCAGGGAGUGGCUCGCAGACCGACCUGAGCAACAUAGCAUCACUUCCUGAACCGACUGACUUCCUGUCGAAUAUUGCAAAUGGCAAUGGGCAAAUGCCAAAAUUGAUGACUCCCGAUGCCUUCAUGACAUUAAGCACUUCGGUGCCAGCAUCUCCUGGCAGUAGUGCCAGUAGUCUGACAAUUGUGACAGCAAUCAGCGACUCGGCCAAUAGAACCUCUGAUGACAUUAUUCAGAGUCCCAGCCGGGCAGAUAACAGUUUGUCACUUCCGGUUUCCAGUAGCAGUCCAAGACCUGCUUCCACUGGACUGGAGACCAUACAGACGGUGGCAUCCCCUAGCACUUCAGUUGUGCUGGAAAGCCCUCAGGUUCUUGAUUCUCAACUCAUGCCACCACUUGCCUCCCCAACUAGGGCCCGCUCCCCUGAUGUUAUCUCCUCAGCCUCCACAGUCAUGUCCCAGGACAUUCCAGAGAUUGCAUCCCAGACCCUGCAGCUUCAGCGUGGUCUUGUGUCCACCUUGGACUCUUUACCUUUGUCUGCUCUUCAAGCUGACAGUAUGGCCUCUGCUGCUUCUGCCCUUCACUUGCUCACUUCACCACGCUCAGCUAACAGCAACAGCCUGUUGCCCCUUGAGCUUGGAUGUGUAGAUGGUCCUGUUGGAGGGUCUCUAGAGUUGGAGCCCAGACUUAGCCAAACGCCAUCUCUCCUGGAGACUGCUUUGUCUCAGGAUAACCCUGUUUUAGCAGGAGGUUCUACAGAGAAUACCAUAAACCACACCUCUUGGCCAGCUGCUCCCGACAUCACCAGGGAAACCAGGAAUCGAGAAAAUAGUCUUGGAGACUGCUCAAGGGAUGAUUCAAAUGACAGACUCCUGAGUUCACCCUACGCAUGUCGGUCAUAUUGCCUCUCACAGAAUGACAGCCAGGAUCUUGGUGCUGAGCAGAGUGACCCUGAGGAUGAGGUUGCGGGUUCAGCAUCAUCUUCUGCAAUUUGUGGCGCACGUUCCUCUCACAGAAUACCAGUUAAAGACUGGAAAACCUCACCUAGGGCCUCACCAAAGCUGAAGAGAAAGACCAAAAAAGACGAGAGAGAAUCACCUCAGUUGAGACAUUUGGACUCCGGUCAGAUGAAUACAGAUGUGCAGCACGAUUUGUUGAUGUUUCUCCGAGGCCAACAGAGAGAGUUAACUGAACUACGUGGACAAAUUGAAGCCAUGCAAAGCUCUAUUAUGGCCCAAGUAGAGCGUGCAUUGACUAACCAUCAGGAACAAGAACAGUGCAGACUAGAGCGGGUUCUGGGAGAGAGUCUGAAUCAGCAGCAUCAUCAGAAACAACUCAACCAGCAGCUGAGCCAGACCCUUUGCAAUUCCCUAACAAACAAAAUGGACAAAAUCCUUCGAGAGGAGAUGAAGAAAACUGUUCCGCCAACCAUUUCGAAGAGUCUGGAGCCGGUGACAUCUCAACUGAGCAACACUAUUUCUUCUAAACUGACCUCUGUAGAGGUUACCCUGAAGGACAAUGUCAGUAAGGUUGUCAAAUCCAAGAACACCACAGAUGCAAUUGGCCGAGCCGCCGCAGAAGCAAUGCAAGGUCCUAUUCAGGCCGCCUACAAAGAUGCCUUCCAGAGCAUUGUGCUGCCUGUUUUUGAGAGAGGCUGUCAGACCAUGUUUCAGCAAAUUAAUGAAAGUUUCAAGCAAGGAACACAAGAAUACAUACAGCAGCUCGAGGCCCAUGCAAAAAGCAAAAAGCAGAGAGAGCAGGAAACGCGAGACCCCAUGAUUGACCAACUGCAACAUAUGUUGGACGGCUUCCAAAGCUCCACCGAUCAACUGGCCAAUAGCAUCACAGCGAACAUCCAGGCUGAGAUCCAACAUCAGAUCCAGAUGAUGGUGGGAAAUUUGCAGGAGUCAAUUCUUAGUCAUGUACAGCGUAUUGUCAAAGGUGAGGUGAGCCUGGCAAUGAAGGAGCAGCAGGCAGUGGUCACCUCCAGCAUUAUGCAGGCAAUGAGAUCUGCAGCGGGGACUCCCGUCCCAACUGCACAUCUAGACUAUCAGACACAGCAAUCUAACAUCCUGCAGCUCCUUCAGCAAGGACAACUCAACCAGGCUUUCCAGCAGGCUCUGUCAGCAACAGAUCUGAACUUGGUCUUGUACGUGUGCGAGACCAUCGACUCUCAGCAGGUGUUUGGACAACAGCCGUGUCCUCUCAGCCAGCCUGUGCUGCUGUCACUCAUACAGCAGCUCUCAUCCAACCUCAACACUCGCUCUGAGCUGAAAAUCAGCUAUUUGGAGGACGCAUUGAUGAAUCUGGACCACGGUGAUCCUCGAACAAGAGAUCACAUGGCCUCCGUGCUGACCCAGGUCAGACCGAAGUUCUUCGCAUUCAUGCAGCAGGACCCCCACAGCCCUCUUACCAAGAGAGCUCGGCGUCUCAUGCUGAUACUCCAAGGACUUGUCAACCACUAGUUUCAUUCAAAUCUCACUCAGAAGAAAUGUUUUUUGAGCAAAUGAUGUUGAGUCGGUUUUUGUAUGUCUUCACAACUGUAGAAGAGAACGUGACCCUUUCUAGCAUUCAAUGACAACGUCAGUCCAGUAAGUUUUUAUUUUUUGGUGAGAAGACCGUUGAUGGUGUUAGCGCUGCAUCUGGGAAGAUGAAAACAGUGGAACGUAGACACUAUAGCAGCAGAUGAACACGGAGUUACGAGUGGCUGGGGCUGAGGAGAAUAACGGGCUUUUGCUGUUCUUCCUCCUUUUCCUUCAUCCCUCAUACAAGCCAUGUGUCAAGUUUAGAAACAAAUUAGCUUUCUUUCCAACCAGUGCAGAUCUUGGGCUCACAUGAAAGAUUGUCAACUUUGACUCACAUCAAUUAUUUUAAUUUUUUUAGUUUACCAGAUCAAAGUGUUCUGCAACUCCUUUGUGCAAGCGUGCAUAAGACUUAAAGAAUGUCCAUCUCCGUGGCCGAUGUUGCCAAACCAUUGAGUUUUUGUCAAUGACUUUUGUCCUCCAGCAAACCAGUCUCUAGAAAAGUUCAGGACUUGA